AUGGACGGACUAACAAUCUCCCCCUUCAUCGCCUCCCUCCCCAAGGCCGAACUCCACGUCCACAUCGAAGGCACCCUCCAACCAUCUCUCCGCUGGAAACUCGCCCAACGCAACAACAUCCCGCUACGCUUCAAGUCCCAAGAGUACCACACAUACGAACAACUCCUCGACUCGUACAAAGUCACCUACAACCACCGCCCCGAACUCGGCGGCCCUAAAGAUGUGCCGACAUUUCUAGAGGCCUAUUUCGCGGGCUGCGAAGUCCUGCUCCAGGAAGACGACUUUUACGAGCUCGGCAUGGACUAUCUGGCGCGGUGUCAGCAGAUGAAGGUCUGCUAUGCGGAGCCAUUCUUUGACAUCCAGGCACAUACACGCCGUGGUGUUCCUGCUGAAUCUGUGCUCAACGGCUACCUCAGGGCUCAGCGUGAUGGCGCAGCCAAAUACGGCGUGCGGUCCAACUGGAUCUUCUGCUUCAUCCGUGACGAGCCAGUCGAAGAUGGUGAAGCUGCGUAUUUGAAAGCUCUGCCAUGGGGCAAAUCUGGACACGGCCUCUUUCAUGCUGUUGGUCUUGCUAGCAACGCCUAUGAACGGCCUCCAUCGUUGUUCAAGAGGGCGUUUGAGCGGGCCAGGGCAGAUGGCCAUCACAUCACGAUGCACUGUGACUUUGGACAAAAGGACACGCACGAACACAUCCGUCAGGCCAUCUAUGAAGUGCAGACUGAAAGGAUCGAUCAUGGUCUUGAUGCACUCGAUCGGGAGGAGCUGAUACAAGGUCUGAUCGAGCGAAAUAUUGGCCUGACUCUCUGUCCGCACGCGUAUCAUCGACGAACGGCGACAGAGGUUCUGUUUCCAAAGUUCCGACAGCUGCUCGAUAGGGGCGUCAAAUUCUGUAUCAACAGCGAUGAUCCGGUGUAUAUGCACAAUGUCUGGAUUGAUGGCAACAUGGAAAAGGCAUAUCAUUAUGGGGGACUGUCGAAGAAGGAGAUGGUGCAGCUGGCGAGGAAUGCGGUCGACAUGAGCUGGGCAGAUGAGGCAUUGAAGAGGGAUAUGUAUGAUAAGCUGGCCCAGGUAGAUGUGAGCUGA